AUGGGUUGUACAGGUACAAAGGCAAAUAAAGCUGAAGGUGAUAUUGAACGUUAUCAUCAAGAAAUAUUUACUGCAGCACAAACGGGUGAUGUUAAACGUCUUAAAGAUAUUCUUGAUGAAUUAGAUAGACGUAAAGCAACAACAACAAAAAAAGAAGUACUCAAUAUGGGCUAUCGAGAAGCAGACGGUCUAACAGCAUUAAGUAUAGCAGCUGGUAAAAAACAUAAACCUUUAACAGAAAUUUUAGCUUCAUGUCCAGAAGUCGAAGUAAACAAAGCAUCAUUAUCCGGUAUUACACCAUUAUUAAUGGUUGCCGAAGUUGGUUGGCCAGAUAUACUUGAUAUUCUAUUACAACGUGGUGCUGUUGUCGAUUCAGCACCAUCUGGUAAACGAGCUGAAGAUAAUAAAAUAGCUGGUUCAACGCCAUUGAUUGGUGCAACAAAAUAUAAUCAUCCAGAAUGUGUUAAACGUUUAUUAGCACAUCAUGCUAAUCCAAAUCAUCAAAAUCAAUCGGGUAUAUCAGCAUUAAUGCUUGCAGCUGAACAAGGAUUUUUUGAUUGUGUUAAAUUACUUGUACAAGCAGGUGCUGAUCUUGAGUUAGCACCAAGUGGUCAAUUGGCUUUAACAAUGAAUUUAUGUGGUCAAACACCAUUAUUUUGUGCUGCUAAAGAAGGUCGAACAGAAAUAGUUAAAUAUUUAUUAGAUCGUGGAGCUAAUCCACGUGUACAAAAUCAUUAUGGUGUUAGUGCUUUAUGGAUACCAGCACAAAAAGGCAUGUUACAAGUUGUUGAAUUAUUAUUAAAUGCUGGUGCUGAAACACAUGUUGCACCAUUUGGUAAUCUAGCUGAUGAAUUAAAUAUAACUGGUUGGACACCAUUAUAUGCUGCAAUGAAAUCUCGAAAAUUUGAUGUUGUUAAAUUACUUCUUAAACGUGGUGCCGAUCCAAAUGCUGUUACAAAAUUAGGUUCAACACCAUUUUUACUUGCAUCUGAAAUAUGUGAUUUAGAUAUAAUUGAAGCAUGUGUUGAAGCUGGUGCUGAUCUUGAUUUUGCACCAAGUGGUCCAGAUGCUGAUAAUUUAAAUAUAACUGGUCAAACAGCAUUAUUUAUGGCAACAUUAAAAGAUCGUGUUGAUGUUGUAAAAUUUUUAAUACAAAAAGGAGCACAUGUUAAUGUACAAAAUCGUUAUGGUGUAUCACCAUUACUUCUUUGUGCUGAAUCAGGAAAUUAUGAACUUGUUCAAGCACUUGUACAAGCUGGAGCUGAUGUUAAUAUAACACCAAAAGGCGAAUUAGCUGAAGAGAAUUUUCUUGCUGGACAGACACCUCUAUUUGGUGCUGCCAAGAAAGGUCAUGUAGAUAUUUGCGAAUAUCUUAUUCAAAAUGGUGCCGAUGUCAAUGCUGUAACAAUGACUGGUGCUACACCAUUGUACACAGCAACUGAAGAAGGUCAUUUAGACGUUGUUCGAUUAUUAAUUCGUCAUGGUGCUGAUGUAAAUCGAUCACCAAAAGGACAAGUUGCACGUGAUCUUCAUAUUGAAAAUCAAACACCUUUAUUAAUAGCAUGUAUGAGAAAUCAUGAAGCAAUUAUUCGUCAUUUAAUUGAAUCAGGUGCAAAUGUUAAUGUAACAUCUGAACGUGGUUCAUCACCAUUUCUUGCCAUAUGUCAACAUAAUAAUGUUGAAUUAGCACGAUUACUUAUACAACAUGAAGCUCGACAUGAUGUUGAAGCUAAAAAUUUAUAUGAUGGAAAAAUUAAUGGUUUAAUUGUUGCUGCUGAAUCUGGUUCAUUUGAUACAUUACGUUUAUUAGUUGAAGCCGGUUUAGAUGUUAAUUAUAAAAUUGAAGGAAAAGGUGAAACUGCUGGUCGUACACCUUUAUUUUGUGCAUGUGCGAAAGGUUUUCAAGAUAUUGUUGAAUAUUUAAUUGAUCGAGGAGCUGAUGUUAACGGGACAGAAAAAAGUGGUCUCUCAUGUUUGCAUAUAGCAGCAGCUAUGGGUCAUGCUGAUACAGUUCGAAUCUUAUGUGAACGUGGUGCCAAUGUUGAUCAACAAUUUCGAUUUGAAGAACAAGAUGUAACUGCAUAUGAUUUAGCCGAAUCUCAGCAACAUGAUCAUGUAUGUCAAGUACUUAGAAAUUUCGGCGCACGACAGCCACAACAUAGUACAUUGCCCAGCCAUGUUGAACCUAAUAAAUAA